UAUGAAAAUAAGGUUGAGGGCGUUGGAUUGGAAUGGAGGAAGUUUGGAGCGAAGAAAACUCCGCCUGUACAUAGCCAAUCAGGUCCACUCGCCUCCAAAUUCCUUCUUUUUUUAGUUUUUUGUGGAAUCUUGUACAAAACGCGGACUUACCCAUCUUCCAUUUUCCUUUCCAUUCCGCACCUAACGCGUUUUCUCUUCCUCUUCCACCUUUGUUUUUCCUUUUCUCCUUCAUUUUUUUGUCUUCUCAAUUCACUCUAUUCCUCUUCUUUCUCGCUUCUUUUCCUCCUCUAAUUGAUCCUUUCGCCUCUGUAGGGUUUCUUUCUUUUCUUGAAUUGAUCGCCUGAGUUGGGUUUUUGGUGAUAUAGGGGUUUUGAGGACAAUGAGCGAUCAUCUUGUCCUGUAUGUUGACCAUUUGAUUCCACCAGUUGCUCCAGUUCAACCUGUGUCCGACCCGGUUGACCCGGUUCCUUCCGCACCGCGUGAGGGUGUUUCUGACUCGGCUGCGGCUAUUCCUUCGUCUUCUACUGCCACUGCGGAUGAUCGGACGGUGGAGCAGGAUGCACCCAAUGAGGAGGACCCUCUGAUUCAGGCGGCGGAGUGUCGCAUUUGUCAGGAAGAAGACACUCUCAAUAAUUUAGAAACUCCCUGCGCGUGUAGUGGUAGUCUUAAGUAUGCUCAUAGGAAGUGCGUUCAACAUUGGUGCAAUGAGAAAGGGGACAUAACUUGUGAGAUAUGUCAUCAGUCUUAUCAACCUGGAUAUUCUGCACCCCUUCGUUCUGAAGAAACUGUGAUUGAUAUGGAGGGACGAUGGACUAUCGCUGGUAACCCGUUAGACCUUAGAGAUACUCGGCUAUUGGCCAUUGCGGAGGCAGAACGUAAUUUCUUGGAAGCUGAAUAUGAUGAUUAUGCUGCUUCAAAUGAUAGUGGAGCUGCAUUUUGCCGAUCAGCUGCCCUUAUUCUAUUAGCCCUUCUCCUUCUGCGACACGCAUUGACCAUAACUGAUCCAGACGGUGAUGACGACGACGCAGCUGCCUUUUUCUCUAUUUUCUUGCUUCGUGCUGCUGGUUUUCUUCUACCAUGCUACAUCAUGGCUUGGGCCAUCAGUAUCCUGCAACGUCGUCGACAAAGACAGGAGGCGGCAGCACUGGCUGCAACACAAGUGGCGUUUGUGCUACAACAUGGACAGCAUAGAGGUUUACAAUUUGCAAUUGCAUCAGCAGGACCGCCCCUCACCCCCCACCCUCACCCACACCCACACCCACACCCUCACCCUCACCCGCACCCUAACCCUGCUGUUUGAACCACAACCAAUCAUGUAAUAAUACUAUGUUGUUCAUACAUGGAAAGCCUUUCUUCUACUUCCCUCUGUCGUCCUCGUUUUGGCUGUGGAUACAAACAUUUUUCCCAAGUUGAAUUUGCUGCUGUAAUCUGUGCUGUAAUCUCUGGAUUCUUUUUGUUUUCAUAUGGAAAACAAGGCCAAUAUUUAGAAGGAAAAGUAGGGGAUUUCUUCA